GAAUCAUUUAAAAAGAAGUCAAACCCUGGUAGUUCCUCUUUAUAAGGAAAACUAUAUUGCUAAAGUUGGACAAUUGAGAAAAAAAUAGAUAUAGCUAGCCAGAGAAAUUAAAAGGAGAUAACUGUCUAUACAUGGAGAACAAGAACAAAGCUGAAUAUUAUAGUCCUGAUGAUGAAGAUCAAGAAAAUAUUAUCCAUAAGUUUGGAAAGGGAAGAAAAGAACGUGAGGAUGAUAAGUCAAAGCCAUCCUCCCCUCACCACAAGGAUUUCAUGGCAAUUGACAAUAAUAUUAAGGGAGUUGCUGUUAAUGUUAUGGUCAAGAGAGAAAGAUCACCCCCAGAACUCAACUCAAUGGCUUCUUCAUCUGCUCACAAAGAAAAGGAUGAUCAGCUUGCAUUAGCCAAAGUUGAAAUGCGAGAAGUAAUGGAAGAAAAUCAAAGGCUUCGAUUUCACUUGGAUCGAAUCAUGAAGGAAUAUAGAAAUCUGCAGAAUCAAUUCCAUGAUAUCGUUCAAAGAGAAGUUGAUCAAAAAUCAAGCAGUACAGUGAACACUACUCAACAUGAAUCUGAUCACGAAACAAAUGAACUUGUUUCCCUUAGCCUAGGAAGGGCAACGAGUGAUAUGAAAAAAGAAGAAUUAUCAAAAAUCUUGAAGAAAGAUAAAGGUCGUGAUGAUGAAGAUGUUAAUAAAAGUCUUGAUUUAGGUUUGGAUUGCAAGUUUGAAGAAUGUUCGCCUGUGAAGAAUCGUAGUCCAGAGAAUAGCUUAGAUGAUCAUCAAGCUAAUAAGGACGAAAAUGGAGAGACGUCGACGACCACGUGGCCUCCUAACAAAAAUCUGAAGACGAUGAGGAAUGAUGGAGACAAUGGUGAUGAUGUUUCACAACAAAACCCUACUAAAAGAGCUAGGGUUUCUGUUAGAGUCAGAUGUGAUGCACCUACGAUGAAUGAUGGAUGCCAAUGGAGAAAAUAUGGUCAAAAAAUUGCAAAAGGAAAUCCAUGCCCUCGAGCUUAUUAUCGUUGCACUGUAGCGCCAAAUUGCCCAGUUAGAAAGCAGGUUCAAAGAUGUGCUGAGGACAUGUCAAUAUUGAUCACCACAUAUGAAGGAACACACAACCACACACUCCCUCUUUCCGCCACCGCAAUGGCUUCCACCACCUCUGCUGCCGCUAACAUGUUGUUAUCCGGUUCGUCGAGUUCAUCAGACCCAAGUCCACAAAUAACUGCCACCACUACCAACACCGCCACCGCUACUACUUCUGCCAAUAUCAACGGACUCAACUUCUAUAUCUCCGAUACCUCAAAACAUAAGUCGCCUUUUUACUUUCCUAAUUCAUCCAUCUCAGCAUCCACACUUAAUAAUUCGCACCCUACAAUCACUCUCGAUUUGACUUCUACGUCCUCCUCCUCAUCCUCGUCCUUAUCUCAUCUUAACAGGAUGAGUAACAAUCUCCACCCUAGAUAUAAUUACAAUAACUCCUCCACAAACCUCAAUUUUAGUUCAGUGCUAGAAUCCAAUUCCCUUCCCAUUUCUUGGACAAAUUAUCAAAACCAAACCUGCAACAAGAACAACCAAAAUUUUGGUUCACUUAACUUCUCAUCAAGACCAAAUCAAGAAAAUAUUUUCCAGUCUUAUUUACAAAAAAACAACAACAUUAUCCCUACACAAUCUUCUUUUCCACCAGAUACAAUUGCAGCUGCAACGAAAGCAAUAACGUCAGACCCUAAUUUCCACUCAGCAUUAGCUGCUGCUCUCACCUCAAUCAUUGGAAAUACUGGAAUCGAAAAUAAGCCUGGCCAUAAUUUCAAUGUUUCUGAGCCAUUUCCAGUUUUGUCCAGUCUCCCAUCAAGCUCAAAUCCGAAUAAAUGCUCGUCAAGUUUUUUAAAUAAACCAACUUCUUCUUCCGCGAAUAAUAGUUCACAGCAGCCUGGAAAUAAUAACAACUUGGUGUUCUUCGCGCAAUCUUCUUCUUCUUCAUUGCCAUUUUCUACGUCCAAUAAGGGUAAAUCUACCUCUCCUAGUGAUAGCUAGUAAGUUUGAUUAAUUAAUUUUUUCAUGUUUUACCCCUUUGACAUUAAUCAUCUGCUCAUAGAGUACAUCUUUAUUUUUUUUGAUGAUUUGGAAGUAAAUAAUCCAGGUGUAUAGUCUUGUAGAUAUGUAACGUUCUUGUACAAAUUUAAAUCUUUUUUUAGUAGAUGGAUUAUGUUGCCUUCCUGUUUCUUUGUGUACAAUAUGACUGGGAUAUAUUUUAGCAAAAAUAUUGACGCAAAA